GCUGACAAACCUGUUUGAAUAUGUUUUCGUCGAUCGACGAUUGCGAGAUUAUAGUCGACAGAGUCGCAUUUGACAGUGAAUUCGUUCAUCAUUCGUUCGAAUUAGCCAACGCGUGAUGAAUGAGUUUCUAAUGUUCGCAUUGUUCCCGUAGAAAUACGUUAUAGAAGUUCGUGGAGAAUCAUAAAAAUAAUCACGGUAAUGACGAUACAUUGUAACAGACAAUGGGGGAGACAUUCACCACAAGAACAUAUUUUAUCUGCUGCCAGUUUCUUAUUGUUUUUUGUUCUUAGUGCAUUAACUGUCUUCCAUUUUCUGAGUGCAAUAUUUGAAGGACCAGGAUAUCUUGCAUUAAAAUGGAUGCCGGAGAAAGCUACAGAUAUACAAUACUUACAGUACUGCAACAUCUGUCAAGGAUAUAAGGCACCAAGAGCACAUCAUUGUAGAAAAUGUGGUCGUUGUGUGAUGAAAAUGGAUCAUCAUUGUCCAUGGAUAAAUACGUGCGUUGGACAUUUUAAUCAUGGACAUUUCACGGCAUUUUUAGCAAGUGCAGUUGGUGGUUGUUGCGUCUCCACCGUUAUACUAAUCUCCUGGGUAGCAACCGUAUUAUCUCUGAAGCCGCUGCCGUUUCCACCGCCACCGGUUUACGUUUUAAUAUUAGUAGUGUUUAGUAUUGGUUUAUCAAUUGGUGUCCUAGUUGCUGUAGGAAUGCUGUUGUACUUCCAGAUGUUAGCUAUCGUAAAGAAUCGAACGGAAAUAGAAGAUUGGAUUUUGGAGAAAGCUCGAUGUCGGCGAAACGGCAGGGAGACUGUAUUUCAACAUCCAUAUGCGAAAGGAUGGCGUUUUAAUAUUAGUCAGGUUUUUACAUGGGACUGUACUCCUGUUGGCGAUGGCAUUACAUGGCCCGUUAUCGACGGCUGUGAUCAAUACACAUUGACGAAAGAGCAGCUUGAACAAAAAUUAGACAAACGGAAAAGAGCGCGCAGAUAUAGGAUUAUAAAAACUGCAUCAGGCUCGAGGAUUCCAAUUGGACACGGCUUCGGCGUAUUUUGUUAUCCUCCUUGCCUUGAUGAACCUCGCGUUAAGUUGGAUGUGGGGAAUAUUGUGGUUGUUACACGUUGGAAGAAAUAUUGGCUAUUUGGAGAAAAAGAACAUAAAGGAGGAAAUGCAGGAUCGAAACGUGCAAAAGGAUGGUUCCCGCGGUCAUGCGCAAUUGAAGUAAUAGAAAGCGAUUCGCAUAAUUCAGACAGUUUGUCAGACAGUUUAUCUAAGAGCGAUCUAUAUGGAUCAGAUAAUUUGUUUAAGGAUGAUUUAUAUGAUUCAAAUAGUUUGUCAGAUAACUUGUCGAAAGAUGAUUAAACUGUAAAAAUAUAAUUAUAACAAUAUUUAUACAUAUGUCUGAGAAUAUAAGGAGCUAUUUAUAAUAAUUUUAUU